GAGGACACUUCAUUUUGCCGGUUCCAGUCUCGGCAGGUCUACACCGGGCACAGGGCGGAUCGUAGCGGGCACAGGCACCAGAAGUGCUGGGAAAGCACAGAAGCCGUCCAGCACAAGUCCUCCCAGAUGACUAUGGAAGUGUGUCGGCCGGGAGACAGACAGAGCUUUUUUAAGCUCAUUGACACCAUUGCCACAGAGAUCGGGGAAUUGAAACAGGAGAUGGUACAGACAGAAUUCAGCGUCCGUCAUGAAGAGGAGCUGAUCGAGUGCUUGAGCAUUGAACAAGAGAUGGAGAAGAACAUAUUGGUUGAAAAGAAGGCUUUUCUGCGGGAUUCAGGGUAUGAAAGUGUGGCCUACAAGCCCAGCAUCCUGGAUAAACUUCUCCACACUCAUCCUGUGUGGCUUCAGCUCGGUUUGAGUGAUGACAAGGUCCAAGGCGUCCUCCACGAUCAGCCUCCAGGGACCUUUUUGGUGCGGAAAUCUUCAAAACUCCAGAAGAAAGUCAUUUCACUUCGGGUUCCAGAAGAAUUUGGAUCUUGUUUCCAAGAAUUUGUGAUUAGAGAAAGUUCAUAUACUUUUUCCGUGGAAGGCUCUGGAAUCAGCUUUGCGGAUGUUUUUAGGCUUGUCGCUUUCUACUGCAUCAGCAGGGACGUCCUUCCCUUCACUUUGAAGUUGCCUCAUGCCAUUGCCACAGCCAAGUCAGAUGCUGAACUUGAAGAUAUUUCUCAACUGGGGAUUGACUUUUGGAAAUCUUCUGUAAACAUCAGACCAAAAUAUCCUCCACCUUCUCUCAAGCCUCUCCCCCAAGGCAGCGUCAAGAGGCAGUCACAUCAUCUACCUCUUAUAAAUGGAGUGCAUUCUCUCCGCACCAGAACACCCUCAGAACUGGAAUGUAGCCAGACCAACGGCGCUCUGUGUUUCAUUAAUCCUCUCUUCUUAAAAGUGCACAGCCAGGACUCAGGAGGAAGCUUUAAGAGGGACAGCACAAGAACCCAAGAAACAAAUGGCAUAGAGAGGGCGAAAUCACCACCUCCCAGGCCCCCUCCCCCUUCCAUUAACAGUCAUCGCACAAACCUUCAGCUGUCCAGAGCUGUACAGUCAGAGCCAAGCAUGCCAGAAACACUUAUUAAUAAUCGGCACGGGAACUUGGACUCUCCUAAAAUUGCUACCCCUAUCCCCCCUCCUCGCUUGAAGAAACAAGCUACCAUUCACAGGUGGCAAAGCAGCGACCACAGCCCAUCGCUCAAUAGUUCCUGUAGAUCUUCAUUUGACUCUCAGCCUGAAGAAUCUCCACCUCAGAGACCAAUGCAGAACAUGAACGUGGGUCAGAUCAGCAACUCACCUGUCCAAGGCACGUUACGCAUGCAACGCCUGAGCGACAUGAGCAUCUCCACCUCGUCAUCAGACUCCUUUGAGUACGACCGCAUGGUGCCCCCUUUUUACGAAGGCGACAGUUUGGAGGAUUGUGAAGAAGAGAGCGAUCAGGAGAGUAUGGCGCCUCCAAUAAAGUCCAAAAAUAAAAGGGCCACGUCUUUGGGACUUUCUAAACUUGUGAAAACUCACCUGCGCAAAGUGAGCGGCGUGUUCAGUUCCUUGGUGACCCCAGAGAAGAAGAUGGUUAAGAAGAUAGCAGCCUUGUCUAGGGACAAGUGCACUUAUUUCGGGUGCCUCGUACAGGAUUACAUCAGUUUUCUGCAGGAGAACAAGGACUGCCACGUCUCCAGCACAGAUAUGUUGCACACCAUCCGACAGUUUAUGACACAGGUUAAGAAUUACUUGGCACAGAGCUCCGAACUAGACCCUCCGAUUGAAUCCCUGAUCCCAGAAGAUCAAAUAGAUGUGGUACUAGAGAAGGCCAUGCACAAAUGUAUCUUAAAGCCCCUGAAAGGCCACAUAGAAAACAUGCUGAAGAACUUCCGUAUGACAGAUGGGUCCUGGAGCCAGCUGAAGGAAAACCUGUUACUAGUAAAAAAGAGGACUCCUCAGGAACUCGGAGUUUUGACGCCAACCCCCGAGGCAGUAGAUGUGGAAAAGAUCAGAGUCAAGUUCUCUACCAUGCAGAAAAUGUAUUCUCCAGAGAAGAAAGUGAUGCUGUUACUGAGAAUCUGCAAGCUGAUUUAUACGUGCAUGGAGAAUAACUCAGGGAGGAUGUACGGCGCAGAUGACUUUUUGCCAGUACUAACUUAUGUCAUUGCUCAGUGUGAAAUGCUGGAAAUUGACACUGAAAUUGAAUAUAUGAUGGAAUUGCUGGACCCAUCACUGCUACAUGGAGAAGGAGGCUACUACUUGACAAGUGCCUAUGGAGCCCUGUCCUUGAUCAAGAAUUUCCAGGAGGAACAAGCCUCACGGUUACUAAAUUCAGAGACCAGAGACACAUUAAAACAGUGGCACCAGAGGAGGACUACAAAUAGGACCAUUCCAUCCAUUGAUGACUUUCAGAACUACCUGAGGGUGGCGCUGCAGGAGGUGGACAAUGGGUGUACAGGCAAGACUCUUAUCGUUAAACCCUAUACCACUACAGAUGACGUGUGCCAGAUGUGUGCCCAGAGGUUCAACGUAAAGGAUCCAGAGAAUUACGGCCUCUUCCUUUACAUUGACGACACCUGGCAGCAGCUGAGCGAAGACACCUACCCACAGAAGAUCAAAGCCGAGAUCCACAGUCGACCAAACCUCCAAGUCUUUCAUUUUGUGUAUAAGCGCAUCAAUAAUGACCUUCAGGGGAUCAUCAGCUAUGACAAUGAUGACGACAACAACAAUGACGAUGAUGCAGAUUUUUAGAUGUAUUUUUGCUCGGCAGUGGCUAGUUUUGCACUCGGUAUCAUACCUGUCAGAGUUGUAUACUCUUUUAGGGAUGGAAUCUCCCUCUGUUGGGCAUUUUGUGCUACCGAACACUUAUACAGUGGCCAAGAUGUGAUGAAAUUAAGAUCUCCAUGGAAUCGGCUUUGUGAUAUUCAGAUGUCUUGGAUCAACCGUGUCAGUGGGCUUCUGAUGACAAAAGUGUGGAGCAGUGGACAGCAUUGGGGACUGUAGUGAUUGGUUACACAUGAGAUGACGCCAUUGUCCAUGGACAGUACUGAAUGACAGAAGCUUUGUGCCUGUGUCAUUUUUUUAAUUUUUAUUAAACGUUGUUGUUUUUUUUAUAA